AUGUAUGUAGACGUAUUUUGCAAAGACUUGUUUUCCUUUCCUCUAUAUCGGGAUCCCGCCGUUGAGCACCGCCGUUUGAGACGCCCUACUUCCCUUUCCCCCCCUCUGACCCUCUCCCUUGCCAAAACAGCUCCCUCCCAAAACGCCCGCCUGAAAAUGGCGGGCCUAGGCGGCGCCGGCGGCUGGGGCGGCUUAGACGACGACGACUGGGGCCUAAGCGAGGAGCAGUACGACAAGCUCGAGCAGGACGCCUACCGCGCGAUUGCGGAGCGCAAGGCUUCCUCUUCCGCCGCCUCCACCGCCCCCGCAAUCUCGCCGCUCCCCAACCGCGCCCUAUCGCCGGCGGCCACGCUCUCUUCGCCGCUCAGGAACGAGCACCCCGCCUCCAGGGUCUCCCUGGAGUCUCGCUUCGGCAAGGCAGAAUCACUUUCACCUUCUCGGCUUAGUCAACCAAAUGCAGUGAAUAAUAGUCAGAGCAGCUGGCCUAAGAUAUCUAUACAUCUUUUCCUUCAUUCUAGUGGUGUGAUUGCAGCGAAGUUCCCCUAUCACCAGAAACUCGUGGAUGCAUUUCACAAGAUCCCGAAAGCUAGCUGGAAUGGAAAAGAAAGGGUGUGGAUGUUCCCUCCGACAUGUUUAUCAAUAGCGGAGGAAGUUCUUCAUGCCGUACCUGGAUUAGUUGUUGAGGUUCAAAAAUUGGACCCGUUAGUUCAGCGGGCUUUUGCUGCUGCUUUAGCUGCCAAAGAUCUUCGAGGUUUGUAUGACAAGAUUCCAGCGGAUGUUGAGUCGAAGCUUAUGCCCUUUCAGCGUGACGGGGUCAGGUUCGCUUUGCAACAUGGGGGCAGAGUGCUGAUAGCAGAUGAAAUGGGUCUUGGAAAGACAUUGCAGGCAAUUGCUGUUGCUUCUUGCCUUCAUGAUGCCUGGCCAGUUCUUGUUAUCUCUCCAUCUUCAUUGCGAUUACAUUGGGCUUCUAUGAUUCAGCAGUGGCUUAACAUCCCUACGGAAGAUAUCUUGGUGGUGUUACCACAAACUGGAGGAUCAAAUAAGGCAGGAUUCAGAUUGGUGUAUUCAAAUACCAAAGGAGAUUUUCACUUGGAUGGGUUGUUCAAUGUCAUAUCUUAUGAUGUAGUCCCCAAGAUACAAAGCACUCUUCUGGACUUGGAUUUUAAGAUAGUUAUAGCUGAUGAGUCACACUUCCUGAAGAAUGGCCAAGCAAAGAGAACAAUCGCUUCACUUCCUGUUCUGCAGAAAGCCCAAUAUGUGGUUUUGCUAAGUGGAACGCCUGCCUUAUCUCGCCCCAUCGAGUUAUUUACUCAGCUCCAGGCGUUAUAUCCUACUGUCUACAAGAAUGUAAAUGAAUAUGGCACUAGAUACUGCAAAGGUGGGUAUUUUGGGCUAUAUCAAGGCGCUAGCAAUCAUGAGGAGCUGCAUAAUUUGAUGAAAGCAACUGUCAUGAUACGCAGGUUGAAGAAAGAUGUUCUUUCGGAGUUGCCUGUUAAGCGUAGGCAACAGGUCUUUCUAGACUUAAGUGAGAAAGAGAUGAAACAUAUCCGCGCUCUUUUUCGUGAGUUGGAGACUGUCAAGAUCAAAAUGCAGUCAUGUGACUCACAGGAGAUGAUCGACUCUCUGAAAUUUAAUCAAAAGAAUAUUAUCAAUAAGAUCUAUAAUGAUUCGGCUGAUGCCAAAAUUCCAGCAGUGCUUGAUUACCUGGCCACUGUAAUUGAGGCUGACUGCAAAUUUUUAAUAUUUGCACACCAUCAACCCAUGAUUGAGGCUAUUCACCAACAUCUCUUGAAAAAGAAAGUCAAAUGUAUAAGAAUUGAUGGCCAAACACCUGUAGCUGCAAGGCAAAAUUUGGUCACGGAUUUUCAGAACAAGGAUGACAUCAAGGCAGCAGUGUUAUCCAUCAAAGCUGGAGGUGUGGGGUUAACUUUGACAGCAGCAAGUACAGUUAUCUUUGCUGAGUUAUCAUGGACUCCAGGUGACAUUAUUCAAGCAGAGGAUCGUGCCCACCGGAUUGGUCAGGUUUCUUCGGUGAACAUAUAUUACCUUCUCGCAAACGACACAGUAGAUGAUAUUAUAUGGGAUGUUGUUCAAGGCAAACUUGAGAAUUUGGGGCAGAUGCUGGAUGGGCAGGAGAAAACGCUGAACGUCUCGCAGAGUGAAACGAGACCAAGCCCCUCAAAGCAGAAGACGCUUGACACCUACCUCAAGCGGUGCAGCACUUCCACAGAAGCCCAACCCAGCCCGAAAAGCCGCAGGUUUUGA